GGCCUGCACGUGUGCCGGCCGCCGACCAUACUGACUUCCUCACUCGGACAGCCCAAGCCGCACCUCUGGGCACCAGGGGCCCCGUCCACUGGUGCAGACCCCCCAUGCCAGCCCUGGCCCUGCUCCUUGGUGACCUUGGGUUAGCCACAGAACAUCUCAGCCACCAGCAAGGGCUUUCCUGAGCUCCCCCAGCCUCUGCCUGUCCCCUGGGUGUCCCCCAGCCUGGCAGCUUCAAUCUGAAAAACAAAGUAGACCGGGCUGUGCCAACUCCUUUUCUGAUCCCCAGCACAGGAGAAAAGAGACGUGUAAUGAUUAUUAUAACAAUAAUCAAGAGUUUUCUGUAGCUGAACGCAGUGUUGCACACCUGUAAUCUCAGCACUCUGGGAGGCUGAAGCAGGAGGAUCACAAGUUCAAGCCCAGCCUGAGCAACUUAGCAAGAUCUUGUCUCAAAACAAAAAGUUUUAGGGCCGGGGAUUUAGCUCAGUGGUUCCACCGCCUGCCUCGAAAGCCAAAGACACGAGUUCAAUCCCCGGUACCAAAACAAAAAAACAAACAAAAAGUUUUAAAGGGCUGUGGGUGUAGUUCAGUGCAAAGUCAAUCACCAGUACCAAGUUCAAUCCUCAGUACUUGAAAAAACAAGUUUUUCCUAAGCGAAAACGGAUUUCCAACAAUUACUUUUAAAGAAUGUAUGUGUUGCAAUAAGCAAUCCAGGCCCAUGGCAAAACCUUUAAAUGGUAAAAAGGCUGCUCACACUAGAGGGCUGGCUCCCCCAGGCCCUGAGACUGAUUUCUCCUGAGCAUCUCCUAUGGGAGUGUGUGGGUGGUGAGUGUGUGUGUGUGCACAUGCACGAGGGCUUCUUGCACUUCUUGCAUAAGUGACAACUAUAUCCCUCCCUGGCUUUAUCCUCACAACCACCACAAAGCUCAAGCUGCGCCAGCCACUCCCUCCCCUGCCCCCGUCAGGACCAAGGGUGUUCCUGAUGCAGGAGUGGGCUGAUGCUGGUUGCCGUUUGACAGGCAGGGAGCUGUGGCAGAGCCUAGAUCGCCUGUGGAUGCCACAUGGAAGCAGGUCGAGUGCACCCAGCUCUCUGGGGCCCUUCCUGCAUCCUGGGGAGUGGACAGAGGGCCGCUCUGGUCCCGGGGUACCUGCUGCCGGCACUGUCCUCACCUCUGGGCCUCCUCCUCUCAGCAAUGGCAUCCGGGGAGCCCCUGCACGUGAGGACUCCCCUCCGAGACAGCAUGGCCUUGUCCAAAGUGGCUGGCACCAGUGUGUACCUCAAGAUGGACAAUGCCCAGCCCUCUGGCUCCUUCAAGAUCCGGGGCAUUGGCCACUUCUGCAAGACGUGGGCUGAGCGGGGCUGCGAGCACUUAGUCUGCUCGUCGGCGGGCAACGCAGGCUUGGCCGCCGCCUACGCCGCCAGGAAGCUGGGCAUCCCGGCCACCAUCGUGGUGCCCAACACCACGCCUGCCCUCACCAUCCAGCGGCUGAAGGACGAAGGCGCCGUGGUCACAGUGGUGGGCGAGGUGUGUGCCGGCCCGGGCGGGGGCAGAGAGGGCGGCUGGCGAGCACGGGCCCCCCACAGCCUCACCCCUGCCGCUCCUGUGACCCUGCAGACGCUGGAUGAAGCCUUCGUACUGGCCAAGGCGCUGGCCAAGAACAACCCAGGCUGGGUGUACGUGACCCCCUUCGAUGACCCCCUCAUCUGGGAAGGCCACACGUCGGUCGUGAGAGAGCUGAAGGAGGCGCUGAGCGCAAAGCCGGGCGCCAUCGCGCUGUCGGUGGGCGGCGGGGGCCUGCUGUGCGGCGUGGUCCAGGGCCUGCAGGAGGUGGGCUGGGGGGACGUGCCCGUCAUCGCCAUGGAGACCAUCGGCGCCCACAGCUUCCAUGCCGCCGCCACCGCGGGCAAGCUUGUGACCCUACCCAAGAUCACCAGCGUUGCCAAGGCCCUGGGCGUGAACACAGUGUGUGCCCAGGCCCUGAAGCUCUUUGGAGAACACCCCAUCUUCUCUGAGCUUAUCUCUGACCAGGAGGCCGUGGCUGCCAUUGAGAAGUUUGCAGAUGACGAGAAGAUCCUGGUGGAGCCCGCUUGCGGGGCAGCGCUGGCUGCGGUUUACAGCCACGUGGUCAGGAGGCUGCAGGGCAAGGGCAAGCUGCGGGCACCCCUGUCCUCCCUCGUGGUCAUCGUCUGCGGGGGCAGCAACAUCAGCCUGGCCCAGCUGCAGGCGCUCAAGGAACAGCUGGGCAUGAACGAGCUGCCCAGUGGAGGACCAGCCCCGGGGCCCUCGCCAUGAACAGGACUGGAGUCGGGGGUUCGCCUGUCCCUGGCGGCCCCUUAACUUGUCACCAGCGAGACUGUGAACUGGAACUCUUGGGAACUGUGUGACCGCUCUGUGGGCAUCCUCGGUCACAAGUAACACAUCAGAUCCCCCAGAGCAGGGUGGCCCUGCCCCGGGCUUUCACCAUCCGGGGUUAAGGACCUGUCUCAUCCUUUCUUCAGGAAUCCCAGCUCCAUCCUGAUUCAUUUUUCUAAUAUGCACUUUUUCACUGAGAAAGAAAAAUAUAUAUUUAUGAAACAAAGA